ACUCCCACAAUGCAGUGCGUUUUCAAAAUGUCGCCCUCCUUCGUGACUUGACUUCUGUGCCACCAGACAACAAAGCAUAGCUUAAUUUAGCAAAUCUGACAGUCUAAAUAAAUAAUUUUCUUUACUGAAGCAUGAGACUUCUUAUUACAGUUGCCAGACGUAUUCAUAAACGGCCUCUGUACACUCCCACAUCAUGUCUAAGUUCGGCAGCGAGUUGCUCCGGGGCUGCUACGAACAGCGGCCUGCAGUUCAGAGAUGACCAACUAGUCUGCGGUUCGACCGGGGAGUUGGUCCAGAGGCUUCGCGGUCAGGUGGAUGUGAGGACGGAAUUCAUAAGUGAGGAAGAGGAGGGUGCUCUCAUGAAAGAACUCGAGCCUGGGCUGAGAAAGAAACGAUACGAGUUCGACCACUGGGACGAUGCGAUUCAUGGUUACCGGGAGACAGAGCGUGCUCAGUGGGGCGCAGUGUGUGAGGGGGUGAUGGAUCGCCUCCGAGCUGUGGCUUUCUCUGAGGGCAGCCCUCUCCUAGGCCCUGUGCAUGUCCUGGACCUGGACAAGGCUGGAUACAUCAAACCACAUAUCGACAGUGUCAAGUUCUGUGGCAGCACUAUAGCAGGGCUGAGUUUGUUGUCAGACAGUGUGAUGCGCUUGGUGAGGGAGGAUGAACCCGCUGAAUAUCUGAACUUGUUUCUGCCCCGUCGCUCUCUCUACAUACUCAGGGACCAGGCCAGAUAUAAGUUCACCCAUGAGAUCCUUAAAGAUGAUGAGUCUCUUUUCUCUGGACAGAGAGUUCCCCGCCAUCGCCGCAUCUCUGUCAUCUGCCGGAACCUUCCUGUUUGAAGCAUUAGAGUCAAGAGGGACACAACUGUGACAGUCUCACUGGUAAUAGCCAGAGCUCGGUAUUUUAAUUGUUAAGAACGUCACUAUGUUAAAAUUUGAUGUACACGCUUUCUCACUGUGCGAGAGACUAUGUUGGGAAAGAUGAUUUAGAUGUUUCCCUCAUCAGUUUUCAUUGGAGCACUUCAUAAUAAACUACCUGUCCAGGAUUUGAUUCUGAAUUAGAUGUUGGGAAGGCAUUCAGAUAUGAUGCAUUUCAAAGGGUCAUAAUGAGCCUAAAUCUUCUCCAAACCGGCACCUAUAACCAGAGGAGUCAUGCCCAUAGGGGGCACUAAGGCACGUGCCCCCUCAGAUUUGUCCUGUUAAAAAAUAUAUAUAUAUAUAAUAAUUAAAUGAAUGACUAAACUUAAUUUUCAGCCCACAUUUUGUCAUAAUUGUUUAUAAAAAAAAAUAUCUGUCAGUGGUAUUUAGUAUUUUAUUAGGAUCUCCAUUAGCUACUGCUAAAGCACCAGCUACUCUUACUGGGGUCCACAAAAACAUUAUGUAAUACAUCACAAGGAUAGAACUACAAUACAUGCAUUUAAAAUAAUACACACAUGAUUCAUACUGAAUGCAAUUGCAAUACACAAAAAUGGUAAUUAAAUAACAAGGAGGUUCCCCUGACGUGAAUAUAUCAACCUUGUUUUGCUAAAUUCCCCUGAUGUGAAUAAAGCUACUUUGUUUCUACAGUUACAAUCCGUAAUGUGUAUCCUGCUGUAAAGUAGACUUUUUACAGUUACCACGUGCAAUGGGUUUCAUUUGGUAAAAUGCAACAUUCAUGAACAUGAAAUUUCCAGGCUUUGAAUCUUGAGCCUUGUUACUUAGUCUAUCGACCUUAACGUGUUGGCUGAGAUAUAGUUUAACGUGUUAGUCUACCACCUGUGACGGGUUAGCUGAGGUAUAGUGUUUUAGUGUGCCACCCAUGAAGGGUUAUCUGAGGUCAUGUGUAAUGAAUGGGUUGUGGUGUACCUCUCAUAAGGGUUAUCUGAGGUAAUGGGUUGCGGUGUACCACUCGUAAGGGUUAUCUGAGGUAAUGGGUUGCGGUGUACCACUCGUAAGGGUUAUCUGAGGUAAUGGGUUGCGGUGUACCACUCGUAAGGGUUAUCUGAGGUAAUGGGUUGCGGUGUACCACUCAUAAGGGUUAUCUGAGGUAAUGGGUUGCGGUGUACCACUCGUAAGGGUUAUCUGAGGUAAUGGGUUGCGGUGUACCACUCAUAAGGGUUAUCUGAGGUAAUGGGUUGCGGUGUACCACUCAUAAGGGUUAUCUGAGGUAAUGGGUUGCGGUGUACCACUCAUCAUGGUUUUCUGAGGUAUUGUGUAAUGGGUUGCGGUGUACGGGUUAUCUGAGAUAUUGUACCAGGAUUUGGACCUGCUCAUCAAAUGAACAAAGUCCCUGUGAAUCAGAAGGAGUCGUUACACUCAUAUUAAAUGAACCUUGAACAGAUGGUUGUUUCAACUGAGGCUUUUUUGCCAGUUGGUGCUGUUUAAGAUGAGGGAGGACCAUUCUUUAUUUUUUAUGAGCAUGGCCUUAUUUCUAUUACAGCAUAUUGGAUGACUGUCAUUCAUAUUCCAUUCUUCUAGUUCAAUGUAACAUCGAUAGAUUUAGGCUACUACAUAAUGCUACUAAAUUAUUUCCCUAUACCCAUCAUAAGGUUGAUACAACCUAGCAUACGAAUGAAUGUUUACAACGUAGGUACACAGGUCGAGAGAAAUUUGUCUAGUCAAGGUGACACAUUCAAUAUCAACUUGCACACUCUUGCCUGCAUCUAGCUGAUCUAGGUUGUAAUCAUUAGGCCAACAGUUGCAAACAAGUUUAGUUAGAAAAAAAUUCAGGUAUGUUUAUCCCCAUUUCAUUCCGUUUGCUUCCGUUUAAAAUAAGUUUUUCAACAAAAUGAUUACACCCCUGAUCAAACACAGAACUAGCAGCCACAUAUAUGCCUUAAUACCUUUCCUCGUUGUAUAUACAGCAUAAAUCCUUCUCACAUCUACGCUCUUCUCUCACCCUUUUCCUUUGCAUGUGGACCUCGUGCACAAUGCAACAGCUGUCUGACCAGGCAAAAAAACAUUUCCAAGCCAAAUUUUCAUACCAUAACCGCUACACACAGCCUACAUCCUUUUCACCAUAUUAACGUCAUAGUAAGCAUAGCUACUAGAACUAACGCAACAGUAUACCCGCUACAAUCAUGCAGUACAGUGUACAGCAAGCAGUUUACCAGUUACAUCGGUGGGUGGCAAUACAUUUAUAAAACCAAAAGCUUACCUUGACUUGGAAGAGUUCCAGUGUUGGAUAGUAUAUAGCCAGCUAGCUAACAUAGCAUAGUUUGAGUAAGCUAAACUAGCUAGCUACAUUUGCUAGCUAAGCAAGUGAAAGUAAGAAAAUAUAUUAACUAAGCAAAAAAGAAACGUCCGGGCCUCCCGGGUGGCGCAGUGGUUAAGGGUGCUGUACUGCAGCGCCAGCUGUGCCAUCAGAGUCCCUGGGUUCGCGCCCAGGCUCUGUCGUAACCGGCCACGACCAGGAGGUCCGUGGGGCGACGCACAAUUGGCCUAGCGUCGUCCGGGUUAGGGAGGGCUUGGUCGGCAGGGAUGUCCUUGUCUCAUCGCGGCCGGGCGCAGUGCGGGCGCAGUGCGUGCCAGCCCAAGGUUGCCAGGUGCACGGUGUAUCCUCCGACACAUUGUUGCGGCUGGCUUCCGGGUUGGAUGCGCGCUGUGUUAAGAAGCAGUGCGGCUGGCUGGGUUGUGUAUCGGAGGACGCAUGACUUUCAACCUUCGUCUCUCCCGAGCCCGUACGGGAGUUGUAGCGAUUAGACAAGAUAGUAGCUACUACAACAAUUGGAUACCACGAAAUUGGGGAGAAAAAAAAAGAAAUGUCCUCUCAAUGUCAACUGCGUUUAUUUUCUAUUUUCAGCCAACUUAACAUGUGUGAAUAUUUUUAUGAACAUAACAAGAUUCAACAACGGAGACAUAAACUAAACAAGUUCCACAGACAUGUGACAUGUAACAGAAAUUUAAUAAUGUGUCCCUGAACAAAGAGGGGGUCAAAAUCAAAAGUAACAGUCAGUAUCUGGUGAGUAUCUGCAUCUCCUCCUCAUGGACUGUACCAGAUUUGCCAGUUUUUGCUGGGAGAUGUUACCCCACUCUUACACCAAGGCACCUGCAAGUUCCCGGACAUUUCUGGGGGCAAUGGCCCUAGCCCUCACGUGCUCAAUUGGAUUGAGAUCCGGGCUCUUCGCUGACCAUGGCAGAACACUGACAUUCCUGUCUUGCAGGAAAUCACGCACAGAACGAGCAGUAUAGCUGGUGGCAUUGUCAUGCUGGAGGGUCAUGUCAGGAUGAGCCUGCAGGAAGUGUACCACAUGAGGGAGGAGGAUGUCUUCCCUGUAACGCACAGUGUUGAGAUUGCCUGCAAUGACAACAAGCUCAGUCCGAUGAUGCUGUGACACACCGCCCCAGACCAUGACGGACCCUCCACCUCUAAAUCGAUCCCGCUCCUGAGUACAGGCCUUGGUGUAACGCUCAUUCCUUCGACGAUAAACGUGAAUCCGACCAACACCCCUUGUGAGACAAAAGAGCAGCUCGUCAGUGAAGCGACAGUGGGUUUGUGCCCAUAGGCAACGCCGAUUUCUGGUGAGGACCUGCCUUACAACAGGCUUGUAAGCCCACAGUCCAGCCUCUCUCAGCCUAUUAUAUAUUACCAUAUAAUGUUUCAAUUCCUCAACAACCCACAGGGAUUAAUUUGUUUUUACAGUCAUUGUCUUAAUGGGUGCAUGCUUAUUAGUAACUGGAAUUAUCAAUUUCUUAAAUGUGUCAAGUGCCUGGUCGCUCGUCAUUACACAGCACAGACCAGCAAAUAUUCUUUACAUCAUCAAUAUAGGAAUCACUACAAAGCGUAUUGUAUGACCUCUGAUACACUAUAUUAGGCCCAGCCUUUGGAACUUUGGUUUUCCUAGAUAUGGUUGCUAUAUUGUGAACACGACAUCUGAUGGAUUUGGAUACUGCUUUAAAGCAGAGUUCUGCAGCGUUAGUAAAGAUGUGAUCAAUACAUGUGGAUGAUUUAAUUCCUGUGCUGUUUUUAAAUACCCUGGUAGGUUGUCUGAUAACCUGAACCAGGUUGCAGGCACUAGUUACAGUUUGAAGCUUUUUUUUGAGUAUGCAUCUUGAUGAACGCCAGUCAAUAUUAAUGCCACCCAGAAAAGAUACCUCUGUUGAUAUCACAUACAUUAUCAAGCAUUUCACACACAUUACCCAGAUUCUGACUGUUAGCACUUGGUGGUCUAUAGCAGCUACCCACAAGAAUGGGCUUUAGGUGAGUUUCCGAUGAGGAUUUACCCCAGUGUUUUACCCAAAAGAGACUUAAACAGUAUUUAACAUGAGAUCCUCUGUAAGCUUUACAGAAAUGUGGCUCUAUAUAUAGACCGCAACACCGCCCCCAUUGGCAUAUCUGUCUUUUCUGUAGAUGUUAUAAACAUGUAUUGAUACCAUUGUAUCAUUGAAGGUAUUAUCUCAGUGAGAUAGUCGGAAUAUGAAUGCCAUUUGUUACUAGCAAGUUAUUGAUUUCAUAAAUCUUGUUUCUUAGGCUACAUACAGUGCCUACGGAAAGUAUUCAGACCCCUUGACUUUUUCCACAUUUUGUUAUGUUACAGCCUUAUUCUAAAAUGUAUUAAUGAAGCCUAUGGAUUGAGUAGAAUAUAAUAUAACUUUGUGCCAAGGAUGCAAGCAAUAUAUACAUGUAGUUAUUACCAUGCAUGUGAUCCCCACAUUGUAGCCUGUACAUUUAAUAUAUUCACUGAUCACGUACUCUGCCUUGGCAAAUAAGGGUGCAGUUCAGGUAUGAAUGUCUGAGAUGAUAUUUUUUUAGUCAUAUCCAAUACCAGGAGUAUCACAUUCCAGUCUUUGAAUGAUGCUAUGUCUGCAUGUAUGUAUUACAAUUAUACACUUCAACAGAGUUUACCAAUCUUGGUCCUGCGACAUCAAUGGUUACACAUUGUAACUAAUAGACUAGAAACAGGAUUUAACUAGUUAAAGACUGUUUUGUAAUUAUUAUGCACAGAAAUAGAAUUUUUAAAAAAACUGUACACUACUUCCUAUGCAUCAUGUAAAUACUCUAAAACCGGUUCAUCUCAAUAGCUAAUGCCCUUCAUCAGCAUUGAUCUGAAACGGGAUAGGUGUAGUAUUUAAUCAAAUGAGACUUCAUUUCAACCAGUAGAGAAUGUGAAAUGCUUUAUUGAAAGAAGUUCAUUAUCAAAGGGUUAUAAAUGCAUGCAUUGUAAAUAUUAUACUUGUAAUAUUAUAAAUACAAGUUCAAUCUGUACGUCAAUGCACAUCUGUUGUGCAUUAUAAAAACAGAGGAAGAGAGAGGUGUAAAAUGGAAAGAGGUAAGGACAUAUGAGCAGGGAAGGCAUCAUAUGAUUGAUCAAUCAGUGCUACCAAAAUAUUCUCUUCGUUCAUCACAAUAACAUAAUACUGUCUGUCUCUAGUCGGCCCGAAGGUUAUCUUAAGAGUGGGUGAGGUGGCGAUGAUGGGACUGGGGGUUGGCAUCCUCUCAUCAAAACAUGCCUGCAGACGGAGAGCAUAUUUAAGCCUUGUAUUUAAAUGUUUUAUUCUAACAUUGUUAGUCGUCAUAAUCAUCAAGAGGUGACGUGCAAAACUGACCUUGGAUCAUUAACUCUGGGACUACUGCAUCUCUAUCUCUUUAAUAAUACUUCCUGUUGACCUGACCAAGUGACCUCUGACCAUGCUGUGCCCUCUAUGUAGCCAGUUCAGAUGUGGGAGGGGUUCACUGACACAGCUGAUAUAACCUAGAGGGUUUAGGGAGAAGAGGAGAGGGGGAUGAAGUGAAGGGGAGAGACUGUUUUUGAGAAAAUACGGUAGUUAAAGAGGCCGUGUAUCUGUGUGUGGCCUCACCUGGUGUCCACAACACACUAAGUGGCUGCAGAGUACUUUAUGGUGCAAAACGUGUGGUCUAUGGUGUUUCUAGGGAACAGCACCCUCUUCGUAGAAGUAGGAGGUGAAGAUCUCCCGUAUGGCGUUGAGCUGCAGAUCCCCUCCUUAUCCUCGUGUCCAUGAAGUUAUGCAGGACACAGGUAGCCUUCACACACCUGAAUUCCUCCAGGAGGCAGUCCCAGAUGGCCCUGGUCACCCAACCUUGCUGUAGGUAAUCAUUUUGGAAUCUCCAGUUACAAGGUAUCUGUAGUAAUAUGGAAGACAAUGUAAUUAUUAGACUUUUACAUCACCAGGUCAUUGUGGAUUACCAAAUAAUAAUAUACCUGAUAACAAAUAAUGAUAACAUUGGAUGCAUGGGCACACACAUGUGCAAGUGUAGCAUGUGACAAUAACAGGAUCAUAUCAAGGAUAGCAUCACAAAUGAAUACAUAAAUAUCACUUGAAGCUUGAUGAUGAGUUGAUCAUUUGAAUGAGCUGUGCAGUGCUAAGGCAUAAACAACAAUGUGCCCCUCUUCGAGUCCCCAGGACUGAGAACCACUGCUCUUCAUUGGGACCUCUUCAAUCAGUAUGUAGACAGGCCUUCAUAGCUCUCUUUAUCUGAGGACAGAAAACCUCACAAGAAACAGACUUCAUUAUUCUCAAAUUACACUGCACUGAAUAUUAUGUUACUAUUAUAUCCGUCCUCACUUAUUUGGACAGGAACUACACAAAAGUAUCCCUAUCCAGAAUAGCACACUCAAUUUGACAGUUGGGGCUGCCAUCCUUUCACCCUCCUCCAAGGCUGUUAGCUAGCUACCUACAAAUUAAUUUGGAGUUUGUUUUUUACAGUGAUAAAUACAUCAAGAUAGCUAGCUAAUAUGAAAUUAGAUAGCUGGUGAUUAUUUAAUUCACUUGGCUAGCUAUCUAUACAGUAUGUGAUGUUGGCUAGAUAGCCAACUAGCUAGCUCAUUUGAGUUAGCUUUCACUGUAGGUAGUUAGCUAAUAAUAUAUAUAUUUUUUUUUUACAUUUUCAAAAUGUAUUUACUUACUUUAAUAGGUUCUACCAGCCAUAUGGACAAUUGGAAACAGGGCAGCAAAGUUUGUUUGACACCAGAGCAUUUUAGAGGAUAUUACUAUUGAACUAUGUACCCAUUUUAUUUAUUUUUUACCUUUAUUUAACUAGGCAAGUCAGUUAAGAACACAUUUUUAAUUUCAAUGACGGCCUAGGAACAGUGGGUUAACUGCCUUGUUCAGGGGUAGAACGACAGAUUUUCACCUUGUCAGCUCGGGGAUUCGAUCUUGCAACCUUUACAGUUACUAGUCCAACGCCCUAACCACUAGGUCACCUCAGUGUUGCCAACUCCUCAGUAAGGACAGUAGCUAUUGGCUGUCCUAAAAGUCACUAGAAGUUGCUAAAUUACGUCAUUGCCUAGUUUGCAUAAUUGGCCAUGUGCAUGUAAUUGUGAUGGAUGCCGUUGGAGAGAGGAAUAACGUGGGAGAGACAAAAAGUGAGUAAAAAACACCCUGAAUAUGUUUAGAGCUACAAAUGAGCAAGCUGCAGAGUGGCACACACAGCGAAUAAGAACCAGAUAUUUGAGGCCAUACUCCUCCUUCAGCACUUUAUGGACCCCAUUGUUAAUCCCCGUCAUAACAGAGGCAUUGUCAGUCCCUAUCUCCAGGAGUUUCUCCUUUUUAAGACAACACUUUGAGGAAAGCCACAACAGCAUGGGCUAUAGAUUUGGCAUCUCCUCCCUCCAACUCAACAAGCCCCAGAAAUGUUGAUACAAUUGUCUGUUUGGUGUCACUAAAGUACCUUAUCACAACCCCCAGGUACUUAGAAAUGCUUACAUCCGUGGACUCAUCGAGGAGGAGGCUGAAACGCUGGUCACCCACAUCUGCAACCAACUUCUUCAGAAGGUAUGGUGCUAUAACACCAUUAAUCAUUUCUGUGCACUUUGUCCUGUGCAUUUUGAAGUGGAUAGCAGCAGUGGAGUCUGAGAAAGCAGCUUACAUGCUUCUCCAAUGUGAUCACAUGCCAGCAUGGAACAGUGUUCAGCGAUAGCUAAUGCCUUGGUGGCCUCAGCCUUUUUUGCAGUCAAUUGUUUUUAACCAUAAAUGGCAGCUUGUUUUGGGUGGAACUGUUAGAAGGCUUUGCAUUUUGAGUGUUUUUGAGUUGUCAUGUGUUUUUUUUACAUCAAAGUUUGGCGUAGAAACCAUUACAAUACAGGCAGUAUACCCGUGUAUCAUCUACAAUAAACGGCUUCAACCAGCCUUUGAAUUCA